AUGAAUUUCACCCCAGCCAGCGGCCGAAAGUACUCGCACGACCACACUCGUUUUCAGCAGGCUCCCGGUGCCCCCAAAAUUAAUCAUAAACUAACUUCAACUUCAGUCCUCUCCCAGCCUGAGGAGUUUGCGCAUCCUGCAGUCGGUAGAAGGUGGCGUAAGCGUUUCGACUCCGAGGGAUCAGCCGACGAGAAUGUCUUUGGUAUUGCUCUGAUUGGUGCUCCCCGUGCCGAAUCACCCAUUGCAAAUGUCAGUCAAGCUGUGGAGGCUGCUCCCGAUCGAAGCCCAAACGUCUCACCCUCCGCUGACCGUCCGAGCAUCGUUAUGUUUCGUUGUCGGAUCUGCUACGAAGAAGGUACAGACAAGGAACCCCUAAUUUCCCCCUGCCAUUGUCGGGGCACCGUCGGCCUACUGCAUAAGUCCUGUCUCGAAAAGUGGCUACAGCUCUCUCAGACGCUUAAAUGUGAAAUCUGUGGAUAUGCUUACAUCCUUCGACCGAAACCAGCGGAAAUGACAACCUCCAAGCUCUCAGCCACCCAGGUUAUCGAGCGCGUGGAGUUCCUUCGUGAGUGGAUCCACUCCCGACUGGUUCAGCGGAACCUCGCUACAGACCUCGUCUUCCUGAUACUUCUCACACCCGCAACCUGUCUGGGCAUCUAUUUCUGCAUUACGGCAAUGCUAGACUUCAUGAGAGUGAAUGUCUAUGCCUGGCAGGCGAUUGUCCUGCUGGCUCUGGCUAUAACCCUCGUCGUCAUCCUUUUCUGUUGGAUCCUCCUAGCUGCCACAACCUCAAGGCGAGAGGAGGGGCAGGAAGGGGAAGAGGUAUCGGACCUGAGAGAUCCACCUCAAUGCACUCUCAUAAAUGUGACCUCACCGAACUUCACGCUGAAUCUCUACCCAGUUCAGGAGACUACGGAAACUAUGGCAGACUCAAGCCAAGAGGAGACGCCCGAACAGGAUGCUGGCCGACCAAUGAACACAGUGCCUGUGUAA